CACACACACACACACACAGAGCCAUGUACACACGGUAACAUAGUUACCGCAAGCCAAAACAGAGGCGUGCGCUGUUCUUGGUACCACGGAGUCUAAAUGGUGGUGAUGCUCUUUAUUGUUGCUGCUACUGCUGUUGUUGUUGUUGAGAUGCCGGUGACUUAGAGCCGUUUGCUCGGUCAUGGAAGGAAAUCAAGUAACAAUCAUGGUUUAGUUGCUACUUCUUCGAAAAUUUUUUGGGAGUUAAAACGUGGAUGGAUUAUAUACAUUAUUACUAUUAGGAUCAUUUUUAUAACAAGAUCUUCGUCAACCAACUUUGUUUUUUUUUAGUUUUUUUUCCCCCCCUUAUUCCUGUCAUUACAAAUCUCAUAAUAAGCAUCGCAGAACUACGCAGACUUUUCGUUAUCUAACUCGACUAUAGUUAUUAUUAUUAUUAUUAUUAUUAUUAUUCUUACAUUAUGAUUUACCCAUUAUUAAAAAUAAUUACAAUGAAAUAAAACCCGACAAUCAGAGGAACCACAAUAUUAUCUACAUUACAAUACUUAUAAAAGCAAGAAUCUUCGAAAGUUUAACAAUUUUUUUUUUACUCUUUAUUUUUUCUUGUUGUUAAAUUGUUUCUAUACCAUUUCUGGGGCUGUUUUUUUUUUAAUUAUUUUUUUUUGGUUUCAAGCCAAAAAAUGGCGACUGGCAGCACCAGAAUGUCUUAUUCAAAUAAUUUCUACCAACAGCAAAAUGUUAAAUUUGCCACUUUACCUCAUGGAUCGUCAACAAAAGACGGAGAUCUUACGUACGACAUGCAUCACAAAAUGUCCAAGAAAAUCGCCCAGUUGACGAAGGUGAUUUAUGCUUUGAACACUAAAAAAGAUGAACAUGAAAACAUGCUGUUGCACCUAAGAGAUCAACACAAAGAAGAUUUAGAGAAGCUUGGAUCUCAGAUGAAAGUUAAACUCCUUCAAUACAAAGAAAAACUGUUGGAAGUCAACAAGCACCACGACCGAAUUGUUGAUCUUGAGAAGUUGGUCAGCUGUCAGCAGGAACAACAGAAAAAGUUCACUGAAGACUUUGAAGACUACCAGAUUGAAAUGACAGAAAAACUGCACCAAGCUGAGAUAAACUAUCGGAAAAAACUGUGGGAAUUUUCAGGAGAAAUGCUUGAAGAGAAGAAAGCCUUUCAGGAGAAGUUAAAAUCUUUUGAUAAAUCUGAGAAAGAACUCAAAGACAAGCACCAUUCUGUGAUAGAAGAACUCCAUAAGCACUACCAGGAGGAAAUCAAGACCCUUCUCGAUGCCAAAAACAUAAAAGAGCAUGAAAACAUGGCCAGCGACCAGCAGAUAACAUUCUACAAGAAUGAAGCUGAACAUUGGAAGAACCAAGUUAGUGAUUUUGAGCAGGCAAAAAGUAAUCUGAACUUAGAAUGGGAGACGAAAAUAACUCAAAUGAAGGAUGCACACAUGGAACAAAUAUCUCUGUUAAUUGAAGAGAAAGAUAAAGAACUUAAAGACAGUUUUCAUAUCUGGGGGUCUGACAAAGGGAAAUUAGAGCAAGAAGUGAGUAAGGUGAAGGGGGAGUACAGUCGCAGAGUUGAACAUCUUGAGAACGAGAUUAGUCGGAUUCAGCAAGAAUCUGACAAGUAUAAAUCACGGUUGGCUCUUCUCAAGAAGGAGUUAGAAGACAGGGAUGACAGCACUUCUAACUUAAACUCAAAGUUGGCAGAAUCUCAGGUGGCAUUGUCAGAGGAACAAUCUCUGUGUACGUUAUUGCAAGAAGAGGCCAUCACAAAAGACAGCACAAUAAAGCGGCAACAAGCAAAUAUCUUGAAGUUGUCUGCCACAGUCAGUGACCUAGAAGCCAGUCGUGUCCAAAGAGAAACAGAAAUCCGAUCUCUACGACAAAAGCUGGAAGAACACCAAGUGACUAUCACAGAUUUAGAAACGGUGAAAAUGAAGUUGCAUGUUCUACAGGAGGAUAGUGAAGCCAAGUCUGCAGAAAUACAACAGCUUAAAAAGAUGCUACACGAUGCUAACUCUGAAAAGAUGAUCAUAGAGUCACAGAUGGAUGAAAACACUCAUGAAAUAAAGGUAAAAUAUGAAGAAGAAAAAGAGGCUCUCAUAAAACAGAAGGAAGCAGAGAUUGCUCUGAUGAAAGAAGCAGAGCAGAAAAGCAUCAUGAAGAUACAAAAUGACAUGUUGGACAAAUUCCAAAAACAGAAAGAGGAGUUUGACAAAGAAGUUCAACAGCUGAAGCAACAGAAUAGAUCCGUAGUUGAAGAAUUUGAGAAGAUUGGGCAGGAACUGAAAAGUCAGCUUACUAACGCCGAAGUAAAGCUCCAGAACUUUCAGCUUAUGGUGCGAAAUAGUGAAGAGAAUUUGUCAUCAGCAUCAAGCCACAUAACAACAUUAAAAGACGGUGCUACUCGAUUAAAAGAGGAGCUGGAUGCAUGUCGAAAUGAGCUGAAGGCCUCCAAAGUAGCAAACAAUCAAUUGCAGAAUGAACUGGCCAAACAACAAGCGAACCACAAGAAUGAACUAUUGAAAUGUGAGGCUGCUCAUCAGAAACAUUUAAAGACAGUUUGUGAUGGACUUGAAGCGAAAUCAAAAGAAUCUUUAAGACUGGAAUGCAACCGUGUUCGUGAGCUGGUUAUUAUCCAGAAGGAAACUGAAAAGCGAGACGCACUUGAUCAAAUGUCUUAUGAUAAGGAUGCAGAAAUAAAAGCUGCCUGUAAAGGAUGGGAAGAUAAAGUGGCUCAGUUACAACAAGAGAUAUUUUCCUUGCAAAGUGAACUGACCACUGCUAUGAGCCGUUGUGCCAUUCAAAUUGAAGAAGAGAAAGCCCGGUUCAGGUUAAUGGAGGGCCAAUUUGAACGUGAUGCACUUUCCUUUGAUGAAAGAUUGAAACAAGAAACAGAAAGAUUAAAUGUGAUGCAGAAGACUGCGAUGAAUGAAAUCCAUUUGGUUCACAAAAAAGAUAUUCAGGAACUUGAGGCAAAAUUGAUGAAAGACCACCAGUCGGCUUUACAGGCACUGCAACUGGCUCAUGUGACUGCUCAAGAAAAAAUCACUGAAGAACAUAAGCAAGCACUAUUGCAACAAGAGAAAGAGUUAGAGAAACAACAUGCAAAAAAUAUAGAGUGUUUACAAGAAGACCUGUACCAGAAGCACCGGAACGAAAUCUCACUGCAACUAGAGUGCCACUUGAAAGAAAUAUCACGGCUGAAAGAAGAAUUGCAAAAAAUACUGCAGACAGGCAAACAGAAGGAUCGGGAUCAUCAGGUGAUUAUGUCAGAACUGAAAAACAAGAUUGACUGCCAAGAGAAGAAAUUCUUUGCCAUAGAAGAAGAAAAGAAGAAAUUGAAGGAGACCAUUACAGAACUAAUGGUCAACGUGAAUGAAGAGAAAGAGAAACAAGAACAUAUGAAGGAAUUCUUCAGCCAAGAAAAGAAAGAAUUAAAAGAACACUUCGAAACAAUUAAGAAACAAGAGUUAGAAAAUGUUGAGGAAGAUUAUAUCCAUGAAAUGCAGAAAAUGGUAAAAGAAUUCAGUCGGACCCAAGAAUUGAUGACUAGCAAAAUAACAUCUCUGAACAGCGAACUGGUAAAAGCUGAGGAGAAAUACUCAAAUCGAGAGUCCCGUCCAGAAGAUCUUGAAGAAAUACAUCAUUUGCGUGAUGAGAUUCAUGACAAGGAGCUACAAUUGAAAAAGAUACAGGAAGAGAAACAUUUCUUCCAGAUGGAACUAAUCAACAGAGAUACAAACUUCAAUAAGAUUUUUGGUUCCAGUCUACAGGUGGGUCUUAUCAACCCACUGUCAAAGACCAAAGCAAGAUCGGAACCUCCUCCCCGCAAAUACACCAGUGCCCCCAGCUUACAGCAGACACAGAUUUCCUCCACUUUACAACAGAACCAAUGUCGUCUAGAACACUUACCGGGAUCACCUGUCCAUGAUGAAAAACUAAACCCAGUACCACCUUUACCACCAAUGUAUUUCAAAAAAUGAACACUUUACAAUGGCACACACACACACACACACACACACACACUCAUGCACAUACACCCUCAUGCACACACACACAACUGCUUAUAUGCAUUUAUACAU